GACGGGCUGAGCGCUGGGCCGGGGAGGGAGGGGUCUGCUCCUGCACCGGCUCAAGUUGCGGCCCUGUGGCCCGCAACCCGCGCAGCGCGGUGGCAACGCCUCUCCCCGCACGCCUAAAGACCCAGGGAAGCUUGACUGGAGGCGGAGACCGCGUUGCGGAGCCGCCCACGCUGCACUCCAGGAGCCAGAGUCCACAGGAUGGGCAUUAGGACAUGCUGAUCUCCUGUAGAGACAGCUGGCUGGCACCCUAUCAUGGAGGACUACAAUGUACACUCAGCUGCCAGCAUCUUGGCCUCGGUGAAGGAGCAGGAGGCCCGUUUCGAGCGACUGACACGGGCACUGGAGCAGGAGAGGCGCCAUGUUGCCCUGCAGCUGGAGCAUGCCCAGCAGCCUGGAGUAGGCAGCAGUGGUGUGGGCAGUGGGCAUCCCCUACCAAUGGCCUGGCAACAGCUGGUCCUGCAGGAGCAGAGCCCAGGGAGCCAGGCAUCACUGGCCACAAUGCCGGAGGCACCUGAGGUGCUGGAGGAGACAGUGACAGUGGAGGAGGACCCUGGUACACCUACCUCCCAUGUAUCCAUUGUCACAUCUGAAGAUGGGACAACCCGGCGCACUGAAACCAAGGUCACCAAGACUGUCAAGACAGUGACCACGAGGACAGUACGGCAGGUGCCUUUGGGCCCAGAUGGACUCCCCCUGCUGGAUGGUGGCCCUCCACUUGGCCCUUUUGCUGAUGGCCCUCUGGAUCGGCAUUUCCUACUGCGUGGUGGUGGUCCAGCAGCCACACUCUCCCGAACCUACCUCAGCAGUGGGAAUGGCUUUCCUGAUGGCCUUGAGCCCCGUGAUGGCCCUAGCUAUGGCAGCCUGUCCCGGGGUCUAGGGUUACGGCCCCCACGCACUGGCCCCUUCGGCCCAGGACCUGGUGAUGGCUGCUUCACACUGCCUGGCCGCCGGGAGGCCUUCCCUGUGGGUCCUGAGCCUGGACCAUCAAGUGGUCGUUCCCUGCCCGAGCGCUUCCAGGCAGAGCCCUAUGGCUUGGAGGAUGACACACACAGCCUGGCCGCUGAUGAUGAGGGUGGCCCUGAGCUGGAGCCCGAUUACGGCACAGCCACACGGAGAAGAGCUGAGUGUGGGCGGGGCCUUCAUGCCAGGGCCUAUGAGGAUGUAGCAGAUGAUGCUGGUGAACUGACCGAUGAGCGGCCCCUGUACCCAGCAGCAACAGCACCACUGGCCCAGCCAGAGCGGGGCAGUCUGGGCAGCCUGGACCGGGUGGUACGUCGCUCACCCUCAGUGGACAGUGCCCGCAAGGAGCCACGCUGGCGGGACCCUGAGCUACCUGAAGUGCUGGCCAUGCUCCGGCACCCUGUGGACCCUGUGAAGGCCAAUGCAGCUGCCUACCUGCAGCACUUGUGCUUUGAGAAUGAGAGUGUCAAGAGACGUGUACGGCAGCUGCGUGGACUGCCACUACUUGUGGCAUUGCUAGACCACCCUCGGGCUGAAGUGCGCCGCCGGGCCUGUGGAGCACUGCGCAAUCUCUCCUAUGGCCGUGACACCGACAACAAGGCUGCAAUCCGGGAUUGUGGCGGUGUGCCUGCUCUGGUGCGCCUGCUGCGAGCAGCCCGUGACAACGAGGUCCGUGAGCUGGUCACUGGCACACUCUGGAACCUGUCAUCCUACGAACCCCUGAAGAUGGUCAUCAUUGACCAUGGCCUGCAGACACUGACCCAUGAGGUCAUCGUGCCCCACUCGGGCUGGGAGCGAGAGCCCAACGAGGACUCCAAGCCCCGGGAUGCUGAGUGGACGACUGUCUUCAAGAACACAUCAGGCUGCCUGAGGAAUGUGAGCUCAGAUGGUGCUGAGGCCAGGCGACGGCUCCGGGAAUGUGAAGGACUGGUGGAUGCGCUCCUGCAUGCCCUGCAGUCAGCUGUGAGCAGAAAGGAUACAGACAACAAGUCUGUGGAGAACUGCGUGUGCAUCAUGCGAAACCUGUCCUACCAUGUGCACAAGGAGGUGCCUGGGGCUGACAGGUACCAGGAGGCUGAGCCUGGGCCCCCAGGCAGUGCUGCAGGCUCCCAGCGCCGGAGGAGGGAUGACGCCAGCUGCUUUGGUGGCAAGAAGGCCAAAGAGGAAUGGUUCCAUCAAGGAAAGAAGGAUGGUGAGAUGGACCGAAACUUUGACACAUUGGACCUGCCCAAGCGAACUGAGGCUGCAAAAGGCUUUGAGCUACUAUACCAGCCAGAGGUAGUACGCCUCUACCUCUCCCUCCUCACGGAGAGUCGGAACUUCAACACCCUAGAAGCUGCAGCAGGUGCCCUACAAAACCUCAGUGCCGGCAACUGGAUGUGGGCCACAUACAUCCGUGCCACAGUGCGCAAGGAGCGUGGGCUGCCGGUGCUGGUAGAGCUACUGCAGUCUGAGACUGACAAGGUGGUGCGUGCUGUAGCCAUUGCAUUGCGCAACCUCUCCCUGGACCGUCGCAACAAAGACCUCAUCGGGAGCUACGCCAUGGCAGAACUGGUGCGGAACGUGCGCAAUGCUCAGGCUCCAGCUCAACCCGGAGCCCGCCUGGAAGAAGACACAGUGGUUGCUGUUCUGAACACCAUCCAUGAGAUUGUGUCCGACAGCCUGGAUAAUGCACGCUCACUCUUGCAGGCCCGUGGCGUGCCUGCGCUGGUGGCGCUAGGGGCCGCCAGCCAGUCGGUUCGGGAGGCAAAAGCAGCAUCACAUGUGCUUCAGACUGUGUGGAGUUACAAGGAGCUACGUAGUGCCCUACAGAGGGAUGGCUGGACUAAGGCUCGCUUUCAGGUGUGGUCCACCCUGGCCUUCCCUCUCCCAUUUUACCAUGUCAGGUUUCCAAGAGCGCUGCUUCCCACCUCACCCCCUGUUUUGUGUCUCUUUAAGUCGGCUGCUGCAGCAGCCAAAGCACCCAAGGCAGCUUCUAGUCCCGGAGGCUUCGAUGACAGCACGCUGCCUCUAGUAGACAAGAGCCUUGAUGGUGAGAAGCCAGGCAGCCGGGAUGUGAUCCCCAUGGAUGCCCUUAGCCCAGAUGGAUAUUCCACCGUGGACCGGAGGGAGCGGAGGACUCUGGGUAGUGACUCCUUAGGGGAGGCCUCAGAGAAGGAACCAUUAAAACCUGACCCCUGCAGGAAGGCCCUUCUUCCCGGGCCCAGCAGGCCUUCGGUCAGGCUGGUGGACGCCGUGGGGGACACUAAGCCUCAGCCCGUUGACUCCUGGGUCUAGCUUGCAUGCCUGGGCCUGGACCCAACCAUUUGUUCUUAGGGAUCACCAGAAGGGCCAUCCUGAGCAGACCCUGUCGUGGAGCUUGGAGCCCCCUGGCGGCAGGGGUUGGCUGAGACUCUCACCCGGAACCAGAGCCUUUCUGGACACCCCUCCUGACCCACCCUGUCCAUUCUUCCCUCUGCUCUCCCGACCUAACUCCCUAGGCCAGAGUUAGCUAUUUACUGACAUGGUGCUGUGUGUGGGCAGGGGUGGGGACCAGUGAAGUGGCAGGGGAGGGUAGCUGGUUUUGCUUUGGAAGAACAGGAGAGAGCACCCUGUGUGCCCAGUGCCCCAGAGGAACAAUAUGGAACUGGGGUGCAACUCCUGGGGACAGGUAGCCAGGCAGGGAGGGAGGGGCUUGGGAAAAGAAGUUGGUCCAUGGAGAACGGAGGCACUCCCCUGGCUGAAGCCCUACCCUGCUUAGAAAGCAGACUGCAGGCAUGGGGCUACUCCAAGAGGGCUAACCCAGGCAGGGGAUUAGCAAGAUGGAAGUCAGGCUAUGCUUGCCCCUCCACCACUCCUUGGGAUCUGUGGAUGUGUGGGAUCCCUAUAUAGUGGAACUCUUCCCUGAGCUGCCUCUAGCUGGGGCUGCCAUGGCUGCCACAUCUGCAUCUGCCCAGAACCUCAAUAACCUCCGGGACUGACCUCUGGCAGCAGCCCCCAAGGGAAUGCUGUUCAGUGCCUGCUGUUUGUGACUUAAAAACAGAAGAAAAACACUGACAAAAAGCAUUAAAAACAAAACCAAAAUAAGAUUGUAUUGGUAAACAUCUAAAUUUUUGUAAGAAAAUUUUAAAAAGCAACAAAGAACUUU